UUUUUGGCUGGGUAUCCGGGUCUACCCGACCCGAAAGGUUUUGGGCGGGCGAGGGUUUUAGUACCUCUAAUGGAUCGGGUCCAGAUUCAGUUUCGGUACAACCCGAUCCGUUUUCAUCCCUAUUUCUCAUUCCUUCCCAAAUUGAUUUCUCUCACCUCUAUCCGAAAUCUCUCCCAACUUUUCUGAAAUCUCUGCAAAGUUUCUGCAACAAGCAUCGUAUUUCAUGUGGGCGAAGAAAGCCCCCUUUCGACGCAGAUUAACACGCUGAGGGGUUUCACCUUCUGCUCGCCGCCUUCGAAAUCAUUGUGCGCCGCCCUCUGGUUGAAGUUCUUGGGUGUAAUAUGAUCUCUGCCACAGAUGCUCGUGUGCACAUUGUUUAAAUUAUGGCAAUGAUAACUCAGCAUCUGCAGGGUGCUUGUAGCACAUUCCCUUCCGUAUCUUCAUCGUGGAGUAGAGGGAGCAAGGUAAAUCAUAUUUUGCCUACAUUCCAUCCAGUUGGGAGAAAAGAUAGGUUAAUAUCUUUGAAAUGCAGAUCACGAUCAAGUGUAGGAGCAGCUGUCAUUCACAGACCAAAGCAAAAGAUAUUUAAAAUAUAUGCUUUCAAGGGUGGGAAUCGGUAUGAUGAUUCUAGCAGCAGAACAAAUGGUUCAAAGUCCAUAAAAAAUAGUGCUAAAGUCUCAUUUCUGCAAGAUGAAAGCGAAGAAUCCUCUUUGAAAUCUUCUAAGGUACAUGAUGUUGUCCCUGAUCCUUGCACAUCAGCGGCCGAGACAGCAAGCCGGUCUGUAGCUAUACAGAAGCUGUUUAAAAACUGGCUAAUGUUGUUGCGCACACAACCACAAACUGAACCUGUGGAAAGAGCUGCGGCAGAACCAUCCUCCACUGAAUCAUCGGAAACGCCCAACACUGUUGCAAAACAAGAAACAAUUCAGUUGGUAAAGGCUGCUGCAGCUUACUUGAUGAACUUGGAUGCAACUAUAAAAAUACCGGUGCUUAUUUUAACUCCCAUGUUCUUCUAUGUCAAUAUAGCUUACGGAUCAGAGGUGUUAAAAGAAUUAGCCCCCUUAUGGAUUCUCGGGCCAUUAAUCGUAGCCCUUUACAUCAAGAUCUUCCGAGCAAUAUGCAGACUAUAUGUAUUCAGCUUCACGCAGACAGUGAAAAUUGCAAUUAAUAUGCCUUCCUACUGCUUACUGGCAUACGCCUACAUCUUUAAAGGCGGUCUAAAAGAAACUAUGCGCGCACGGUUAGUCCAGCCUCUGGUUGAUAUAAAAAAUAAGGACUACAAAGAAGCUGCCCGGAGAAAAUUUAAGGAUGUGCAAGAAUGGAUGAUCGAAUACUACCUGGAUUUCAUCGAAGGGAUAUGGCCACUCUACUGCCGAACAAUCAGGUUUUUGAAGAGGGCGAAUCUAUUAUAAAUUAAUGUGCUUUGAUCUAUCCUUUGGGGUAUCGAAUUUUCUUUCUUCUUUUUGCCGUUGUUUUUGUUAGCUUUGUACUAUGCAUUUUAGGGUGAAAUAUUCGAAUCGGAGCCCAUCCCGGCUUCCCUUGAUCAUCAUUCUGAGGAUUAAGACUGAAAAACUUUGAUGUAGGGCUGGCCAAUAUUUGAAUUCAUCUGAGUUUGGAGGAUAUAUUUUGCAGCAAUGUUAUGAUAUACUACUAUUAUA